CGGCUCGCGCACAGUCAGUCUGCAAACUUCGGAGCGUGCGGUUGUCAAGUUUCGGUCGUCUGCGUGUUUUCUCUUUCCCGAUUUCAGCACUCUUCCCGCACACACACUCACACAGCACUCGCCACACACACACACACACACGGACGCAGACACAGGAAGAAGAGAGAGAGAAAGAGAGAGAGAGUGACUAGAGAGAGGGUGGAGCGGAAAGAGGAGGCGACUUUCGCUCGAAUUUCUCGCUGGUUGUUAUUGCUGUUGUUGCUGUUAAUGCCGUUGUUGCUGUGGCCGUAGUGUAUAUACCCACUGUGUGACUCCACUGUGUGCGUGUGUUUUUCCUGAAAGUUCGAAUUCUCUUUUUCCGUCUGCUUGAAAAUCGGACGCGGACUCGGAUUCGGAUUCAGAAUCGGAAUCGAUAGCCAUCAACCAACCAACCAGCCAAUCACCCAACCAGAGUCACCAUGGCCGACAACAACAACUGCCCCAAGUGCAAAAAAUCGAUCGCCGCCAAGGAGGCGGCCGCCACGAGCAUCGGAUGCAGCGGCGAGGACUGCCGAAGGAGGUUCCACCGCACGUGCGUAAACAUCGACGAUGCGACCUUCGAGGCGAUCCAGAAGAACCCGAUGAUAUCCUUCCACUGCGACGAGUGCAAGAACCAGUCGCCGCGAGCCUUUGCAGCCAAACUGCACACCAUCGAGGAAAAGGUCAAUAAGGUGUGCAACGGGGUCAACCAGAUCCAGGGCCGGAUGUACCAGCAGUACUUCCAGUUCGGCAACCAACCGCUCCAGGCACUGGGCGCCUCGGCGGCCGGCGUGGGUGGCGGCGGCAUCGGUGGCGGACUGGACGGGAAGAAGCAUCCGCAGCAGAAUAACCUCAUCGUGGUGGGGAACAACUGCAACUCCGACCGACUGCAGGUGGUCUGUGACUACGGGCGGUGGGUGCAGGUGGGCAAGUUUGCGACGAACACCAGCGAGGAGGACGUGAUCGAUCACCUGGCCGAGGAGCUGAAGAUCAACAAGAACCUGGUCAAGUGCACCAAGCUGGUGAAGAACGACGCCAACCUGUCGCAGUUGUCGUACUGCAAGUUCAAGAUCUCCAUUCCGGACUACCGCUUCAACGAGCUCUUCAACGAGGCCAUCUGGCCCAGCGGCGUGAUGGUCAGUCCCUUCACUCCGCGCUCCCAGCUCAAUCAGAAUCGCCUCUAGAGGGACGGGCCCGGCGGCCGGGAGAGCGGUGACCGGGCGAGGGUGAAGCAGUAAGCUGGAGCACAGGGCAGGCUGAGGAGGAAGAGGAGGAGGAGGAGCAGCUGGAGAGCAGGUACCCAAAGGAGAGAGUGCGCCUGCGCAGGGAGCGGAUGAAUUACGGAUGAUUACGAGCAGCAGUAGGAGGAGGAGGAGGAGGAGGAGGAACUGCAUCGCGGCCUGCCAAACAAGGGUUGCUAUACGGACUGCAGCACACCGCCGAUUCCCCCGAGUGCCGACUUUGGGCUGAUUGAUGGAGCAGCAGGCGGAGGAGCAACUAUUUGCCCCCAUUGUAUGCUAAUUUUCGACACUCGAAAACAUUGUCUAGAUCUUUAAAAGCUUACAGAACCUAUCUAAUGGAAAACCAAGAGCAUAUUUAUUGAAUUAACUUUGAAAAUGCAUUUUAAAAUGUUUUAGCGUUGCGUAAAUAACGAAAUGAAAUCGAUAAAGAAAACCAAAAGUAUUUUAAUGGCAAACUCACAAGUAAAAUAGAUGUGAAGCAAAAAUAUUAGUCAUUUAUGCAUUACUGUCGUACUUAAAUUAAAGUAAACCGAAAACAAAACGAGAAAACUAAUGAAAACCAACUAAACGUACUUAAAGAGAGACACACUCACACACACAAACCGAAAGCGGUUAUUCAGGCGCGUAUUUAAACCAUUUACCAAUUACCAAUUAUCAACCAGGCACCGAGGUUCCCCCUUCAUUUUCCAACUCACUUCCUGGGUCUGGGGUCAUGGGUCAUGGGAUCCAUACCCAGACCGAUGGAGAUUCUACUACGACGCGUGUGCGACUACCUAUCACAUUAAGUACUUAACCGUAACCAAUAUCAAAACCUAUAUUCAAGCAGACGACGGCUUAUAUUGUAUUCGUAUAUGUAUGUAGUUUGAGGCAUUUUCAAAGCUUGUUCGUUCCUGUUCCCAAAGACGUUUGGACAUUUUGCGAACCACUGCACAGGACACUGGCCAGCAGCCAGCAGACCCAUUCAGAUUCAGAUCGAAAGUAUAUAUAGUAUGUAUUUGCGUUUUUCGACGACCGGCAAUCCCGGCAGUUGGGAUGCCCGGAUGGCAGUUACCAGUUACCGGUUACCAGUUACCACACACGUUCCACACGGACAGGACAGAACAGGACAGGACUCGAAACUAGAGGACUCGAAACGAAGCUGGGCAAAUCCGUUGCAAUAAUAACUCACUGACCGAGUAUAAUGGGAUGUACAUUUCGUAAUUGAUCUAUUUUUUUACACCGAUCCGACAGCAAUAUUUUCCGUGGGCUCCACGCCAGCGAUCCGAACAGAACCGUAGAUAUUUACGCAAGAGUCAGCAAACGAAAUGUAAAACACAUAUAUUAUAUAUUUAGUAUACAACAAUAUGCAUGCAUGUAUUUAUGUCAACUUUUUCAAUAAAUUCUACAAAACUUAAAUACCAAA